AGAGAGAGAGAGAGAGAGAGAGAGAGACGGGUGCAGCGUUGCCACCAACAGGACGGGACUCAAAAAAAAAAAACCCACAGAGAGCAACAUCACCUGCGGAGAGAGAACACCGCUUAUUACGCUGGAUUUCCCCCGUGGCUUUAGAGCCAGACGUCCCCCACGCUGUUGUUUUUCUUACGAGGAGCGUGUAUGGAAGGAAAUCCUUAAGUGUGUGUCGGGGUAUUGUCACAGUAAAAAGGGGCGCCCAAAUCUGUUCCCUCUUGAGGACAGGACCUUUUUGAAGCUCAAAACAAUGGACUGCGUUUCUACCGGCAACUCACUCUUGGAGCCGUGCUGCACACACACAUGGGAUUGUAGCGUUUCAAACGCAGGCGACAUUUGUCUGUUUACUUGUUAAACAGUUUCCAGUGUCCGGGGGUCGUCGGUUGGAGCCCGUGAUGCCCGCGAGGAACAGGUACAACCUGGUGGACGAUGUGGCGGACUCGAGGGUGCCGCUGCACAAUGAAGAGGCGUACCAACAUGGGAUUUCUUUCCAAGCUAAGUAUGUGGGGAGUCUUGACGUGCCCAGGCCCAACAGUCGCAUGGAGAUCGUGGCAGCCAUGAGGAGAAUCAGGUAUGAAUUCAAGGCCAAGAACAUCAAGAAGAAGAAGGUCAGCAUUGUGGUGUCUGUGGACGGGGUCAAGAUAAUGCUGAGGAAGAAACAGAAGAGGAAAGAAUGGACAUGGGAUGAGAGCAAGAUGCUGAUCAUGCAAGACCCCAUAUACAGGAUUUUCUACGUGUCUCAUGACUCCCAGGACUUAAAGAUCUUCAGCUAUAUCGCAAGAGAUGGUUCCAAUAAUUCCUUCAGAUGUAAUGUCUUCAAGUCAAAGAAGAAGACGCAGGCCAUGCGUAUUGUGCGCACAGUAGGUCAGGCCUUUGAAGUGUGCCAUAAGCUCAGCCUGCAGCAUGCUGAGCAGGACGCCGACGGACAGGCGGACGGAGAGAGUGACAAGUCUACAGAGGAGUCCAGCAGUCAUGGUCGUAAGCUGACGGGAGCAGAGCGAGAGGAGGAAGAGGAGAACAGCAAACUUGGAGGAAGACGAGGAGAAGAGGAUCCAUCAGCCGGCACUUCAUUGUGUGAAAAGGCAGUCAGUGAAAUUCUGCAGAGUCUGGCUGAGCUGAACGUGGUCAAACCUGGACAGACUAUUAUAGACCUUGAUCGAAGGUCCCUGUUCACUGUGACGUCCCAAGGCAUAACUCCCAGCAGCCCUUGCUCUGGCUCUCUCACUCCACUGGCAUCACAGCACUACCUGCAGCUUCUUCAGCAGCAGCUACAGCAGCAGCAGCAGCACACACAGGUGGCCGUCGCACAGGUACAGCUGCUGAAGGAUCAGAUGGCUGCAGAGACCGCCGCGCGCAUGGAGGCUCAGGCCCGCGUCCACCAGCUGCUGCUGCAGAACAGGGACCUGCUGCAGCAUCUGGCCCUGCUCGUACAGCAGCUGAAAGAGCUGGAGGCCCGCUCCCCAAAAACACAAUCAGGGCAGCCACAACAGGAGCCACAAGCUAAUGGACACAAUGUUCCACUGUCCCCAUGCAGCUCCGUGUCGACAUCAGUGAAGGCUCUGUCUCUGAGUCUGAAGAAUCACUACAGCCAGACCCUGGACCAGCUCAUCACCUCCACACCUGCAUGGCCACUCCAAACCUCACCCCUCUCCCCGAGCCAAGUGGACUGCGCUGAGUCCUACCUGAACCUGCUCAACCUGGAGAACAGCACCGAACCAGCAGCUUCAGUCAACGGUGACAUGGACCCCUUCAUCAGAGCCAACGGGACAGCUGACAACAAGGAGAGCCCGUGCCAUGAGAUUGUCCCGCUCACGUUGAGGAACUCUGCCAACAUGGAUGAAAAGUAUAAACAGAUGAUCCCUAAACUCGACCCUCCGCCCUCCAUGAACCGCAAGCGGGCUAGCAGGACCUUGUCUCCGGGGUCAGACAUUACUGCUGUGACAGCGCCCGGAGAGGUCACCACUAAUGACGGGGCCCCCAGCCGCAGCAGCAGCCUCUCGUUCCCAGACACCACCCCCGGCUCCAUGUCAUCUGCUGACUUCCACUCCCUCAGCAACGGCGAGAGCAGCUCCGGUUCGGCCAGCGAGGACUCGGGCGUGCGCUCUGAGACCAAGUCCCUGCUGUCGCCGCUGCGCGAUGACGACGACCUGUUCGGGGACCGCGGGACAUUUUUAACAGCCUCUAGCGGCUGUGACAGUCCCCUGGAGGAGAGAAAUGAAGCACUUCUCUCAUCCUCUGAGUCAUAUCCUGCUGAGCACCCUCCCCUCACCUCACAUCCGGACACCUGUGAGCACCCACUGCCCUUCUCCUCUCCAAUGAAUGAUACAUGCCUUCACAUCAGUUUCUCUGAGGACGAGCUGCUGGAGAACAACCAGGAAGAGCCUAAUGUCCCACAGCGGAGUUAGGAGGACCAGCCAAGACCUUUCAAUCUGUCCAUGCUGAGACGCUCGUUUGUUUGCACUGGGCUCCAUAUCAGGACUUUUAAUUAUUCCACUUGUGACACAGUACAGACAUAGCAUAUACCAGUAACUGAAAAAUAAUCUAUUGUAUAAAUUAUUAGCCAAUGGACAGAUUUAGUAUUUUUGUAAUGGAAUUUAAUGAUCUAAUUUCCUUUUUAGUGACUAGAAUGUUAAGCAGAAUACAUGUAGCAAUUCCUGCACUGUUAAGGUCACGCAUAAGUUACUGUAGAAUUCAAGGAAAAUGAGGGAACACAUUUUAUUUUUGCUAGUAGUCAUCCUUAAAACAUUAUUUUGUAUGACGCUUCGCUGUGGUGCAAGCUAUUGUGGGAAAUGUGAGUUUUCUGCAGAUUUCACGGAGGGAUUCCGAUGAUCACAAACAUGUUGGUGAUGUUGAGAAAAGCUUCAGCUUCUGCAAAGCACCCGAUCGAAUGAUGGGGAAGAAAAGAACAAGAAAGUCGGAUAAAGGAAAAAGAGGAUAGGAGUGAGCAGAUGUAGUUGUGUUUUGGUUUAUGCACAUCCAUUUGUGGCUGUGUAUGUUUUUGUGAUCAGUUGAGUGGUUUUUUAGAACGUUUUGUGCUACUUGUAUUUCGGGUUUUUCAGACAGGAAAAUUUCGUGGACUAUCUGAAUGGAUUUUGUGUGCUGUGUUGCACUGAUUCUGUAUGUAGCAUGGUUGUAAUUCUACAAAAACAUUACAUUUAAGGUGUUUUAGUUUUGAGAAACGGCACAGGAAGAAAGCAAGAAAAAAUUGCUAACGGCCUGAAAAGCUUUGGAUUGCACCUGUCUGAGUGGGGAGGGUGAUAUAAAAGGGACCGUAGGACUCAAUUGGGAGAUAAUUUGGGGAAUCACAGAGGAGCCUGGAGAGAGACGGCCUGCCAGAUGGAUUUUCUCUCUUCUGCCUCUCACUUUGAGAAAUCCUGAAUCACCAGCAAAUCUGUUUCAUCCAGAGCUUUCAGAAUACAUCAAGCUGACAUUGUACAUAUAGUAUUAUUUAUGUAUUGGCUUAUGUAUGUGUAUCUUAAUCUAAACAUUGGGAUGUUUUAACUUCAGUGUUGUAUAUUUAUAUCACAUAGUGACUACAUGAUUAACAUGGCCAAAAGACACAUGAUAUAGAUAUUUACCCAUAUCUAAAAAUGUUCGAUUUUAAUACAUCAGUCAUACUCAUCUUUAACUUUCUAUAUUUAGUGUUUUGUCUCUUUUUUUGGCGAAUAAAUUACACUCCAAAUAUGAGCGUAGGGAGGUAGAGACAGGCUGUGACCAUAACUACAUAUCAAAGCAAGAGCGGAAAGAAACAGAAAUUAUUAACAGAGACUCUGGAUUAUUCACACAAAUUAUCAUAUGUGUAGUUUUAUCAACAUUUCAAAUAAAUGUACUGGUUCCAACUUCUCAAAUAUGAAAAUCUGUUGAACAUUUGCUGGUUUUUCAGAUAUUCCUGAAAUAUCUUUGAGUUCCGAAUUAACAGAUUAAGUAAUAAUCUGAUAAAAUAAUCACAUGUUGCAUGUAGCUCUUUAAAUUCAUCUUUUUUAAUGUUUUACAUGCAUGUGGCACAAUUUUACGUUGUUAUAGUAUAAUAGUGUUUUAUUCAAUUCAAUGCAAGCCUAACCUUCGACAGGUAGAAGUGAUAAUAAAUGGAAUCGAGAGGAAAAAGCAGCUGAGGUGUGAUAAGAGAGAUGGUGUAACGGUGCAGGUGUAAAAUGCCCACAGGCGAAGCUUUUGACACCCAGAAACGAGGCUUUUCUCAACAUCAUGUGGCAGGAAGCUAUAACAGCAAUAACACAUGAAAGAAAAAAAUAAUAAAGAGGAAUAGUUGAA